UAUCACUGCGAUAUCUGUGGUAAAUCAUACUCUCAAAGCUCUGACUUAACUACUCACAAACGUAUUCAUACAGGAGAGAAGCCAUUUCGCUGUGAUAUUUGUGGUAAAUCCUUCAUACAAAGCAAUAACUUAACUACUCACAAACGUAUUCAUACAGGAGAGAAGCCAUUUCGCUGUGAUAUUUGUGGUAAAUCUUUCACACAAAGCAGUCACUUAACUAAACACAAACGUAUUCAUACAGGAGAGAAGCCAUUUCAUUGUGAUUUGUGUGGUAAAUCAUUCUCUGAAAACAGUAGCCUAACUGCACACAAACGCAUUCACACAGGGGAAAAACCAUUUCACUGUGAUAUUUGUGGUAAAUCUUUCUCUGUAAGCAGUAAAUUAGUUGGACACAAACGAAGUCAUACAGGAGAAAAGCCGUAUCACUGUGAUAUCUGUGGUAAAUCAUUCUCUGAAAAGAACAAUUUAACUACACACAUACGUAUUCAUACAGGUGAUAGGCCAUUUUGCUGUGAUAUCUGUGGUAAAUCAUUCUCUCAAAAUUCUCGAUUAACUACUCACAAACAUAUUCAUACAGGUGAGAGGCCAUUUUGCUGUGAUAUCUGUGGUAAAUCAUUCUCUGACGGAAGUAACUUAAUUGUACACAAACGUAUUCACACAGGAGAGAAACCAUUUCAAUGUGAUAUCUGUGGUAAAUCAUUUUCUCGAAGUGAUAGUUUAACAUCUCACAAACGUGUUCAUACCGGAGAGAAACCAUAUCACUGUGAUAUCUGUGGUAAAUCAUUCUCUCAAAAUUGUCAUUUAACUUCUCACAAACGUAUUCAUACAGGAGAGAGGCCUUUUCGCUGUGAUUUCUGUGGUAAAUCAUUCUCUAGGAAACGUUACUUAGCUGCACACGUAUCUAUCCAUACAAGAAUUUGACUGUAUUUUUUAUGAAAUGUCUUUGCAGCUCACAGCAACAGACAUUUUAAAACCCUUUCUCCUUGUGGGUAUUGUCAGUAACUGAUGAACCCUUGGUAACAUUCAUAAUCAUCAGGGUUCCUUUUUGAGGUAUUGUUAAUGAUGCCAACCCUUUUUGUAAGCACUUACCUGGGAUACACAUAGUUAUGCUGGGCACAGGUAUUUGUUAGAAUUGUGUGUAGAAAAUAAUUUGUAUAACCAUAAAUAUUGCCACUUUAGGAAGCACUAGAUUAGACAAUUGUGAGGAGUGGAAACAGUGAUGUGCAGAUAUAUAUAGUUGUGUGUGUAGCAGAAUGUAGCAGACACGAGAGGCCCAUUGAUAUUAAAGCUGAAAUCUAAAAGAGGAGAAACUUGUGAGGCAGUGCAGCAUCAUGAGAGCAGAUGGUGGAGAAAUCCAGGUGAACAUCUUUUAGAGUAACUGGGUUUUUAGGAAGACACAAUUUCUUGCAUACUGAAAAUAUAUACUCCAUGAAGAAGAUUGUGAAAUCGUGUGGAGGUGACGUGGUUAAAUAAAUAUGUCUUCAACACUGAAA